GGAAGAAUUGUUGACUGUGGACAAGAGUGGACGUAGAAGCAGGUCUGCUGAUAUAAAAAAAAUCCAAACUGUCAAGGAAUUCACUCUGCUGUCAGCACAGGUGACAUUUCAAAGAUGUUAAGCACUGUGUCUUGCUGGAUUUUGCACUGUGUAAAGAAUGAAGUUGUUUGCAUGCGAGGCCAGCACAGAAUGUACACCAGGUGUCUCAGCCCAAACAACAACAGCAGCAGCAGCAGCAGUAGCAGUGUGAAACGGAAGAGAACGAAGCUGCUCAGCUCUUCCUCACAAAUCGGUCUCAGCGGGACCAAUAACAGCGUCUUCAGCAUGCAGAACGUAUUCAGACACUCGUCGCUUCAGUUCCAGCUCACUGCAGUGCAGAUCAACAGGAUUCUCCGAGCUAAUGAGCAGUCGGUCAAGAUCCCGGAAUUUGACGGCAAGAACCUCAACCCCGUGCUCAAGUUCGAGAGCAACCAGCUUCCAGCCAACUCCCCAAACGAAGACCGCAGGAGCGCAGCCACCUGCCUGCAGACCAAAGGAAUGAUGUUUGGGGUGUUUGACGGGCAUGCAGGGUAUGCCUGUGCCCAAGCAGUGAGCGAGCGUCUCUUUUAUUACAUCGCUGUGGCCCUCAUGUCUCAGAAGAAUCUGGAGGAGAUUGAAUUCGCCAUGGAGCACGUGAAACCAGUGCUGCCCAUCCUGCAGUGGUACAAGCCCCCCAACCAUUAUAUCUACAGGGAGUCUGCUUCUCUCUACCUGGACCACCUUCGGGUUUUCUGGCAGGAGCUGAUAGACCAUGACAAUGCAGAGGGCAUGAGCACGGGUGAUUCCCUGGCUUAUGCCUUCAAGAGACUGGACUCUGAUAUCUCCCUGGAAGCCCAGGUUCCCCUGGACAACGACAUCAUGAGGAACAUGGCCAUUCAGGUGGCGUUUGCUGGCUCCACAGCCUGUGUGGCCCAUGUGGACAAUAUUGACUUACACGUGGCCAACUCGGGGGACUGUCGGGCAGUCCUGGGGGUGCAGGAAGAGGACGGGAGUUGGUCUUCUCUGCCUCUCACACAUGAUCACAAUGCACUCAACCCAUCAGAGCUGGCACGAGUCAGAUCUGAACACCCUAAAUUGGAGGAAAACACAGUUGUAACCGGGAACAGAUUACUGGGUCUCCUAAUGCCUUUUCGGGCUUUCGGGGAUGUGUGUUUCAAAUGGAGCAAGGAACUUCAGCAGAGCAUCUUAGAGAAUGGUUUUGACUUGGAAACCCUGGACAUCUACCACUACGCCCCGCCUAACUACCUCACACCGCCCUACCUGACUGUGGAUCCAGAGCUGACCUACCACAAGCUCAGGCCCCAGGAUAAGUUCCUCAUCCUGGCUACUGAUGGUCUUUGGGACAUGCUGAGCAAUGAUGAAGCAGUAAGACUGGUGGCAGAGCAUUUAACCGGCAUCCACUUAGAGGAGCCUGUGGCUGCCAGUGAGAGGCAGGUCAAGCUUGGGCAGAUGCAUAGCCUGCUGCUGAAGCGGAGAGCCAGGGCAGUGCCCUCACGUGAUCCUAACGUGGCAACACACCUGAUCCGCCACUCCAUUGGUACCAAUGAGUACGGGGAGAUUGAGCAAGUGCAACUGGCUGCCAUGAUGAGUCUCCCUGAGGACCUGACCAGGAUGUACCGGGAUGACAUCACUGUCACUGUGGUCUAUUUCAACUCGGACCUAAUCAAAGCACACUAUAAGGAGAACAAUUUACGUUUCUUGUAGCACACUGCAAGAAUGUGUUCCGAUGUUGACAGUGGACUGCAAUUUAAUAUGUAUUAACUGUCCCCUGACAAGCAGCAUUGUGUGUAUUCAGGGAUGCCCCCUAUUAACAGGGAUUUUAAAAAAUGAAGACACGUUUGAGUGUAAGUCAGGAUGGGGAGAAUUCAUCCAUUCAAAGAUUAUGACAUUUAAUGUUAACACUCCCUGAAUGGGGGGGGGGGGGGGGGGGGGCAUCAGCACUGCUACAGAGCGACAAUCUUGCCACUGGUACGCACCGACAGUUCUUUUAUGACGAUAUGAUUCCUCAAAACACAAUGCUCCCUCAAUCGCACCAUCAUAAUGUAUCAAUCUCUUUGUACCACUGAAUCAGAGAAAUUAUAAAUUAUAAUGCAGGGCCCUGGAUUGUGACUAAAAUGAUUACAAAUGCAACAACAACAAAAAAACAUUUUGACAAAAAUGUUGCAUCUCCCUUUAAAAGCAAAUG